AUGUCUCAGAAGGUCAACGACACUCAGUGCAGUAGUCGUUGCACGACCGACCCGUCCCAGCGAUGUGGUGGUGGAUACAUCGCAUCCCUCUACCAAAUCACCAACUCUCAACCAAGCACCGGGGCUAGCUACUUCACCCCAGCCUGCCAGACAAGUCCUCUCUGCUCCCACAAAGUCUGUGACACCAGCCUCAGCACAUCCGACCGCAUCGCCUCUCUCAUCUCGGAACUCACCGAGGAAGAAAAGAUCUUGAACCUCGUCGACGCCUCAGCAGGCUCGACCCGUAUUGGUCUACCACCUUAUGAGUGGUGGAGCGAGGCCACUCACGGUGUUGGCUCGGCUCCUGGUGUGCAGUUCGCUAACAUGGGCAACAACUUCAGCUACGCCACCAGCUUCCCUGCUCCCAUCCUCUCAUCUGCAGCUUUUGAUGACGAGCUUAUCUUUCAGAUUGGUGAGACGGUUGGGAGGGAGGGCAGAGCGUUCGGUAAUAAUGGAUUUGCUGGCUUCGACUACUGGGCGCCUAACAUGAACAACUUCCGUACGUUCUUGGCAUCAUCAUCACAAUUCACGAACACUGCUGACGAGGACACAGGUGACCCCCGCUGGGGUCGUGGCCAGGAGACUCCGGGUGAGGAUGUUCUCCGUGUCCAGAACUACGUUCGAACCUAUGUCCCGGGCUUGCAGGGUGGCGAUCCAACCAACAAGCAGAUCAUCGCUACCUGCAAGCAUUAUGCCGUGUACGAUCUGGAGACCGGCCGCUAUGGCAAUGAUUACAACCCGACGCAGCAGGACAUGGCCGACUACUACAUGGCGGCUUUCAAGACUUGCGUUAGAGAUGUUGGUGUGGGCAGCAUUAUGUGCUCUUACAAUGCGGUCGACGGCUACCCAUCUUGCGCGAGCCAAUACCUCCUUCAAGACGUCCUCCGCGACCACUGGAACUUUACCAACGAUUAUAAUUACGUCGUGUCCGACUGCGGAGCUGUCACCGAUAUCUUCCAGUACCAUAAUUUCACUGACACUGAGGAGGCCGCUGCGUCUGUGGCUCUGAAUGCUGGUACCGAUCUCGAGUGUGGUAGCUCAUACGUCAAGCUCAAUGCUUCGUUGGCCGAUGGCCAGACCACUAUCGGACGACUCGACGAAGCUCUUACGAGGUUGUAUAAUGCUCUCUUCACCGUUGCCUUCUUCGACGGUAGCAACUACACUGCUCUCGGAUGGUCCGAUGUCGCGACCUCGGCCGAUCAAAAGCUGGCCUACACUGCAGCUUGGGAGGGCAUGACUCUCCUCAAGAACGACAACUCGUUCUUGCCGCUGUCUGGGUCGAAGAAGGUGGCCGUCAUUGGCCCCUAUGCCAAUGCUACCACGCAGAUGCAGGGUGACUACUCCGGUACGCCAAAGUAUAUCAACAGCCCACUUUCUGCUUUCCAGGGUUAUAGCUCGUGGACUGUCACCUACUCCAACGGCACAGGAAUUGCUUCGAACAGUACCUCAGGAUUUGCUGCUGCGAAGGCUGCGGCCGCCGCUAGUGAUGUCGUCAUCUAUCUCGGUGGUCUCGACAACUCACAGGAGCAGGAGACUCUGGAUCGUCUUGCUCUGAGCUGGCCUGGUAACCAACUUGAUCUCAUCACGGAACUUGCCGCGAUCAAGCCGACUAUCGUCGUCCAGUUUGGCGGAGGGCAGAUUGAUGAUACUCCACUUCUGAACAACGCAAAUGUCAAGUCCGUCGUAUGGGCAGGCUAUCCUAGCCAAGACGGUGGUGAUGCGCUGCUUGAUAUCUUGACGGGCAAGCAGGCACCCGCCGGUAGACUGCCGAUCACACAGUACCCAGCUAGCUAUGCCGACGAAGUUAGCAUCUAUGAUAUCGACCUGCCUUCUAAUGGAACGUACCCUGGUAGGACUUAUCGAUGGUACACCGGCAAGGCUGUCCGACCUUUCGGCUUCGGUCUGUCGUACACGACCUUUGGCUUCAGCUGGACCAAGCCACUUCAACGUUCCUACAACAUCCAACAGCUGGUUGACAGCUGCGGUCAGGGCAACAAGAACAACAACGGUUGGGGCAGUGGAUGGGGCUGGGGAUGGGGCUGGCCGCAUGGCUGGAACAAUGGCCAUGGAGGCUGGGGAAACAGCAACACCGGCAGCAACACCGUGAUCAACGACGCCACACCCUUUACCACCAUCUCCGCUUCUGUCAAGAACACUGGGAAGCAUAUCAGCGAUUACGUCGGUCUCCUCUUCCUCUCCAGCUCUAACGCCGGACCAGCACCACGACCGAUCAAGACCCUGGUAUCUUACUCCCGUCUCCACAACCUCGCUAUUGGUGGCUCGCAGACUCUCAAUCUACCUCUCACGCUCGGAUCUCUUGCUCGCGCGAACACGAAUGGCGAUAUUACUAUAUUCCCUGGUGACUAUGAGAUCGUGCUCGAUAACGAUGCCUCGCUGAGCUUCAAGUUCUCAUUGACUGGGCAGGCGGUUGUUAUUGAUACGUUGCCGGCGCCUAAAGCGAGCUAUAGUGAGACUGUAAAGGUUAAUCUGCAGGCACCUAGCCGGGCGGACUAUGGGGAUCCUGUUGCUGGGAGCUGA